AUGUCGGUCGCAAGCAGAAACCCCUUUAUGGCCCUCGCGGAGGACGGCGACGACUUCCAGGCCGCCCCCGCCGCCGCUAAGGCCCCCGCCGCCAAGGCUCCGGCUGCUCAGGCUCCCCGCAACAUCCCCGGCGCUGGCCAGAAGACUGCCACCCGCAACCCUAACCCCCGUGGCACCAACGCCGCCAAGAACAACAGGACCGGCAUCCCCGCCGAGGCCGGUGCUGAGGGCGAGGCCCAGCAGCGCGACGUUCGCGGUGGCCGUGGUGGCCGCAGCAGCGAGGGCCGGGGCCGUGGUGCCCGCGGUGCCCGUGGCGGCCGUGGCCGUCAGUUCGACCGUCACUCGCAGACCGACCGCGUCGACACCCAGAAGAACCUUCACCAGGGCUGGGGCGGUGACGAGCCCAAGCGCGAGCUCGACGUCGAGAAGAAGGCCGAGGCCGACGCCAAGGCCGAGAACAUCGAGGCCAACGGCGCCCCCGCCGCUGAGGGCGAGGCCAAGCCCGAGGAGGAGAAGCCCGUCGAGGAGGAGGAGGACAAGACCAUGACCCUCGACGAGUACCUCGCCGCUCAGGCCGAGAAGCGGGCCGCGCUUGCCGCGCCCAAGGGCCGCGAGGCCAGCAAGGACGACUCUGCCUGGUCCAACUUCGGUGUCCAGGUCAAGAAGAGCGAGGGCGACGACUACUUCGCUGCCAAGAAGGACCAGAAGGCCAAGGCCAAGGCCCAGAAGGAGGGCAAGCAGUUCCUCGAGAUCGAGCAGCGCUUCGACCAGCCCGCCGCGAGCAGCCGAGCGAGGUGCGGCAGGGUGAGCGCGUGA